AUGUAUUCAUAUCUAUCAUCAACUACGAUCAAUGAUAUUGAUAUUAAAUUUAUUCAACAAUUAAAUAAACGUCUUGAAUUAGUUAUUAAUAAUAUUAAAUCGUUUACUGACAAUACAAAUUUAACAAAUAAACAAUUAAAUGACAUUCGUAUUGAUCUUAUUCAACGAUGUGAAUUGCGUAAUAAUUAUUAUCAUCAAAAAUUUCUAACAAUACUUGAUGAUUUAUCUAAUAUAAAAUCUCGUAAAAAAUAUUUUCAUUUAAUUGAAAUUCAACAUCAUCAAUCAAUACAAUUCUAUAAGAAACUAUUUAAUAUACAAUCGUCAUCAUCAUCAAAUAUUGAACAAUAUCAUCAACAACUUCAUCAAUCAAUUCAAUAUCUAAAUGAACUUAAAACUAAUGUGAACGACUAUGAAAAUAAUAUUGAUUGUUUAAAACAAGAAUUAAUUAAACAAAAUAAUCAAAUAAAUUUUUAUUCAAAUCAUCUUUUUCAAAUACAAUAUGAACAAAAUCAAAUUCAAUCAAAUAUAAAACAAUUAAAACAACAAAUUCUAUUUGAAAAACAAUAUUAUUAUGAACAAAAACUUAUUUGUCUACAAUCUAUUGAAAAUUUAAAUCAAAAGCAAUUGAAUAAAUUUCGAAAUGAAUAUAAUCAUUUAUCUACACAUAUCACUGAAAUUAACAUUGACAUUGAACAAAAAUCACUUGAUUUAUUAUCACUUCAAUCUAAUGAUGACUUGCAAGUUUAUCAUAUCAAUGAAAAUAACUUUAUUAUACCGAACUAUCGACCUUUACUUGUACCAACAACAAUAAAAUCACAAGACAUCAAUCAUCAAUCAAGCGUAUUGAUAAAUCAAUUCGAUAAAAACAUAAUGCAUUCUCAACAACAACAAUUACCUAUUGAAUCUAUCAGCAAAAUCGAAAGGAUUAAAUUCAAAAGUGAAAAAAGUAAAUUCCCUAUGUGA